CUGUUGCGGGUGUGUUUGGCUUUUUAAAAACGUCUUCAGGCGGGCGGGGCUAAACUCAGUACGCGUUCGUGCGAUUACAGCAGCUCCGUGAACGCCAUCUGUUCUGCACUGCUUCCGUGAAAUCCGAGCCCAGUGCUCAAACAGGGACACGAUGGUGACCAAGAGGAUUCGCUCCGAGUACAUGAAAAAAUUCAAAGACCCCAAAUGGGAAACCUACACUAAGUGUUACGAGGAGAUGCUCAAGUACAGACUGACCCGUAGGCUGCUGGAGCACACACACAACCCCUGGUUCUGGAACGGAUCGGACAGCGAUUCAGAAUCUGGGGGAAGAAGCUCGACUCCCCCCAGCAAGAACCAGGUCGGAUGUGAGACUGACGGAGACGGGACCCAGGCUGAGCUGGAGGAGUGUGAGGGGGCGAGGCAGGACCAGCAGAACCAGCAGACCAGGACCACAGUACCUGGACCCAGUCUUCCCCUUCGGCAGGAGGAGCACAGCGUGUCUGCAAUCCGUGGCUCACAGCUGGAUGGUGCCAGAGAGACAAGAGUACAAGAUGGGGAGAGAGAGGAGCAGGGAGCCAGUGGCAGAGACAUUAAACAGAUAUCAGCUCCUCACAGAGAACAAGUCCAAGAUACAGUUGAAGCAGGACCUCCACCACAGCACAAUGAACGAACCAAAUCCACAAAGCGAACCUGGCGCUACCAGCAGGUCAGGCCUGCGUCAUCAGGACAGCAUGUGGAGGACAACAAGGGGAGUAGACAUCCCUUUGCUUUGUAUGGUUCUGGGGAGAAGGCUGCAGACAUUGCCGCCAGAAAAACACACAAUGUUGGUCCUGCCGCUUCCACUCGUGAGAUCCAUGAGUCGGCUUUACGUGCCAAGAACAGGCGGGAGGUGGAGCGUCAGAUCCAGACCCAAAGAACCGAGCGCCGAAGAGCAAAGUCUGCCGAUGUGGACAAAGCCAGGAAGCUGCCUGAAUUCAACCCCUGGCUCACAGAGUAUAUGCGAUGCUUCUCUGCUCGCUCCAGAUAAGGAACACAAACAUUCAGUAAGCAGGAGGUUCCAGACAGAAACAAUAAAAUAAGCCAUUAUUGCUGAUGCUCUUUGAGGGUAAUACACAUAAAGCUGGAAUAGAUGUUUCGUGCAAAGGCUCUUCAGUGCAUACAGUAUGACAUUCGCAUUCAGGAUAUAAAGUGACAAAUCUUGAAAACAGAGACAUUCAAUUUGUGGCUUAUUUUGAAUAUGCACUGUACUCUCUGUUUUUAUAUAAACUGAUUUCACCACAUAAAGAAAGCAAAUAAGUUAAUGAAACAUGAAGCUACAUUAAAGGUGUAAUGUAUUUGUUUUUAUAUAUAGAUUUUAAUGCAGCUCCUUUAAGCACAUGGCCUCAUAGCCACCUGCUGCAUGUCUGAAAGCAUUAGGCUGCAUCAUUAUUUGCAAACAUCUGGUAACAUAAGCAAUGUAAAGUGCAUUGCUCCUCGUUUACACAAUAACACAAACCAGAAGCACACAAUCAACUGUAUUCCACACAUUUGUGCUGUGUUCUGUGAACUUGCUUUUAAACUUUUGGGCUUGUUUGAUAGUUUAUAUCAAAUUAUAUUAUAUAGUUUAUGGAUCAAAACCAGCUUAGUUCUGUCAGACGGUGAAUCUCAGCUUCUAAAGCUGUCUAACAUUAGUUCUCUGAUGUGGUGAUUCCAUUUUCUCUUUAGCUCAUUAACACUUCUUCAUGCUGUGUUUGUGCUUUAGAUGUGACAUGCGUUUACACUAAUUAAUCAUUGGAACCAGGUUGGAAUGAAAGUGUGUGUCUAUGUGGAUUCAGUUUGUUCAUACAUUUAUUAGCUUUUUGUGACCAGAACAAAAUAUAAAUAUAUCUAAAUCAGGUUCCUGGACACAUAAUAAUGAACAAUUAUAAUAUUAUAAUGUUUAUAAAGUGGAACCAAAACAGACAAAAAGCCAAAGUUUGAAUUCUUUUGAAGUCUAACUUUCUUACUAAUGUAGAAAAUGCAUGCGUUAAUAUAGCCCAUGUCAAGGAGCAAAAUUAACUCACUUCUUCGAAAUAAUGUUCAGAUAGAAUAUUUUGCAUAUUAGGUUUUUUUAAUGUACUUGUAAAUGUUUGUAUAUGUGUGUGUGCACAUUGAAGUCAGGCUUUAUUUGUAUAUAAAAUAAUAAUAGGUUGUGUUUUACAUUUUUGUUUUGUUGUUACUUUGACUCCAGUAUUAUAUUCUCACUCUCUGCUUUUCUAAUUAUGUCAUCAGUCGGUAUUUUUAAGUUAUACUGUGUUAUGGUUAAGACAGCUGAUGUGAAACUGUGCAAUACGAUACUUUCAAUAACUGCAUUUGAGCCUGUGUGAUUUCCUAAUGUGCACUUUGACAAUCUAAACACGUGAGGGAAACAAGUUAGAUGUUCCUGCAGUUUAGUUUUAUGUUCACAUUAGUAGGUUGGUUAAUGAGACCAAAUGUUAGAGUUAGUAUACGGGCAUUUACCUUUGAUAAGUAGGUACAGCACUCGAUGUUCACCAGAGAUCAAAUCUAAAAUAUUGACACUUCAGUUUUGCUUUUGUUUAACGCAUCUGUAAAUGAAAAAGAUCUAAUUUAGAUACAGAUCUAAAGUCCUUGUUCCUCACAUUAAAACUGCCAUUAAUGUGUAAUGUGUAGUAUAAAAAAAAGCAACACUGUUAGUUGUAAUAAAAUUGUGUGAUUAAGAGAUGUCUGUUGUGUGCCACGAUACUUUAAUAAAUAACUUUUUCACUUGUCUCUA